GGGAGAGACGGCAAAGGACGAGGAGAAGACGGAGGAGGAAACAGGAUCCAUCCAGCAGCCGACUGUCAGUUUUGUGCGCCGGAGCAGAGCUUACGCUUUUACGUUUACUGUCCGUCGAGAGCGCGUGCAUUGCGGAUGGGACGCGAAAGUGAGUUAUCCUUAUUCGCUGGCGACAUAACUAGGACCCACAAGGAGCCAAAUUAUUGUAGUGAAAAAAAUUGUGGGCCGCGGCAGCAUUUUCGUGCAAUUAAAGUGACAAAUCAAAGGAUCUGCUGUGGAAAAUUACGCCAGCAAAUUGCGCCCGAAAGGAUGCGGGAUGUUGUGUAUGUGCUUGAGUGAAGCCGAAGGACGCCGCCACAUCAACAGCCUUACUCGGAAAUAGUUUCCUCGGAUGAAUUAUUCAGUUUCGCUGUGAUGCAGCACGUCAGUGACAGCAACAGCAACAGUAACAGCAACAGCCAGAAGCACCAACAGAAUCCUUGGGAGACCCGUCGCCCGCCAGCUAUGAAGAACUGAAACUGAAAUUGGAACUGCAAGUGCAGGAUGGCAGCAAGCAGCAAGAGCAGUGGAACCACAAAUAACGCAAGGACAUGGACGGCACAGCGCACACGACGAGGACAAAGGCCCACGGCCUGUGACUGCGAGUGCUUCUGCAACAGAAAUAAACGCCACCACCUCCUCCUUCUCAGCUAGCUGGCUAACUUUAGCCAGGACCCAACACCACCCCCGAGUGAUAUUAUUUUUAAUGAAAUCAAAGUGCUAAGUGAGUUUGCCGAAAAAGCAGAGACUACAAACUAUAUAUACGACCGAACCGAGCUAGAGAUUGUGCUUAACACAAUUUGAUAAGUUUGUCCUUUGACACGAAGAAACGGCGAAAGACGGAAAGGUGGAAGGAAUUGGCACAAAGGACAUAUGGAAGAAGGCGACCAGGUGAAAUCCACCCAGGUGAGCACCUGCAUCCGGGAGAAGACGAGAAAAGUGUACCAUAAGCGGAGGCGACGCCACUGAAUGCUGCAUCCGCAUCCAUCAAUCAACGACCACAUACUCGCCUAAAUGAAGAAUGAAGAAACAAAAUGUGCGCACGAUAUCCUUGAUCGUGUGUACAUUUACCUACUUGCUAGUCGGCGCCGCUGUCUUUGACGCACUCGAAUCGGAAACGGAAAAGCGUCGCUGGGAGGCACUGCAAGAUGCCGAGGACAUGAUAAUACGCAAAUACAAUAUCUCGCAGGAGGACUUCAAAGUCAUGGAGACUGUGGUGCUCAAAUCGGAAUCGCACAAGGCCGGCCAGCAGUGGAAGUUCACUGGUGCAUUUUAUUAUGCAACCACGGUGCUAACCACCAUCGGCUAUGGACACUCCACCCCCAGCACAGUGGGCGGGAAGCUCUUCACCAUGUGCUAUGCCAUAGUGGGGAUUCCCCUGGGCCUCGUUAUGUUCCAGAGCAUCGGAGAAAGAGUGAAUAGACUGAGCAGCUAUGUUAUCAAAGCGGUCCGCACCUCGCUGCGCUGCAAACGGACCGUCGCCUCUGAGGUGGACCUCAUCUGUGUUGUGACCACACUCAGUUCGCUGACGAUAGCCGGCGGAGCUGCGGCCUUUUCGAGAUUUGAGGGUUGGAGUUACUUUGAUUCAGUAUAUUACUGUUUUAUUACUUUAACUACAAUAGGAUUUGGCGACAUGGUAGCCCUGCAAAGGGAUAACGCACUGAAUAGGAAGCCCGAAUACGUGAUGUUCGCACUGAUAUUUAUACUAUUCGGCCUGGCCAUUGUGGCCGCUUCGCUGAACUUGUUAGUACUUAGGUUUGUUACAAUGAAUACCGAGGACGAGCGUCGCGACGAAGCCCAGGCCAUGCAGUUUAUGUCCAAGUCCAGUUUAUGGACCAACGAGGCGCUGCAAGUGGCUGUGAAGCUGGAGGGCGAUGUGAUAACAUCCAACGGAUCCAUUCUGAGCGGCUACGAGGGACACGACGGCCAGUCGCUGAACGGCACCAACACCUCGUCCAUGUGCUCGUGCCACUGCAUGUGUCUUAAUGGGAACCGACAUAAAAAAGAAAACCACUUUGGCCGGAACAAUGAUGCAGAAAACCAAUACAAACUGCGUCGAUCGCCCACACACAUCCGGCAUUUGCUGCCGGAGGUGGUGCCCAUGCAGGACCUGAACUACGACUACGAUACCCAGAGCAUGCACACCCUGGCCGAUCGAGGGACCGUGGACAGCAGCUACAUGGGUGUGGACAUGGUGGACUCAACCACCCACGGAUCACCGCUCCGACCACACAAACUCUUAAAGCGUAAUGUAUCGCUAUUGUCCUUCCGCAUCUAGGAUGAGAGGCUGGUUGAGGAUCAGAAACUGGCGGAUCGUCUGAAACAACGAAGUGGCGGUCCAUCCCGUGGAGCAGUAGCAGUGGAGCUGCUCUCGCCAAAAAACGACUUACAAAUCGAAAGUGAUAACAAGGCUCUAAUAGUACUUAAAUACUAAUUUAGAUUCUCCGGCUGAAUGUAGUACACGAGUGAUUGGGUGGAUUUGAUUCGAUAAUAUCCCCCAGGAUGCUAUUUGUGUGCAUUUACAAUGUGAAUUAGAGCAUAGUGCGUAAAUCUAUACAUUUUAGUGGGCAUGAUAGAGACUAAACCUAUACAAUUGAAUGAAAACCACUGCCAUUUCCGAGCGAUUGAUCCGAAAAAAAAAAUAAAAACGGCUCAACAUAUGGAACGGCAAAGCUCACUAGUCCUCUUACUAUUUUAAUAUCUAACUUCACUCACAAAAUAUCAUAAUAGACAGACCUAAAAAAUUGUAGAGAAUGCCACUCAACCAAUAUAUAGCCAUAUAACACUUUGUUCUUAAAAAAUCCACUUCUUAUUUGGUUAAAUGUACAUUUUUGAAAUGUAUCUGAACAAUACAUAUAUCUUUUAUUACUUUUAUAACUUUGAAUUAAAUUAGUUUUUAAUUUAAUGUUUUCGAUCAAGACCGUAUAAACGUAGUGUAUUAAGGAUAAAUGCUGUAAAUAAUCUAUAGCCGAUAAAUGGUAGAUAAUGUUUAAAAUCCAUUUUAUUCCGACUUAUUAUGAUUACGAGAUAUUUCGAAACUUGAUAUUAGUUUAAUAUUACGGUGCGCAUAUUGUAGUUAGUAUAGUCGCAUGACCGGCGACAUCUCCAGCUCGAUGAUCUACCGAUGAAGUGUCAAAAACUUAGCUAGAAGCCCCAAUACAUAUUUCCAGGCAGUUCCAGUGCUCCUGUGACUCCGCAAUGUGCCAAAUAUCUCAUUCGUACGUGCUAAAAUAAUUAAUUAUAUUAAAGCCGUGCGUUUGUUACAGACAUGCAGUCUUUAGCCCCAAAGACCUUCCCCAGUCGCAUUUAUGCAAAGAAUGCAUUUAGUUAUAGAUGUAGAUAAUGAUGAACCGAAUUCCCCACACUAAUAGCAUCAUUAAUCCAUUCCACGGAUAUUAUUUUGCCGCAUUUGCAUUUAAAUAGAUUAUAAAACACACUUAUAAGUCGAUGCAUUUCCCCCCAAAAAAACCUCAAAACCCAUUGCUCACUCGAGACGUUUAACGCUUAAAUGAACUUUAUCCUUAUGUGCUUUGUAUAUAAAUAGUAUAUGUAUUUAAAUUAAUAAAGAUAAUUACUUUAAAUAAUGAUAUAUUGUUCGAACCGAAACUAUGUCAGUUGAAAAACUCAGUUAUGUAUUUCAUUUACCGAAUUCCAGGUUUUUAGAAUUUAGGUUUAUUUUAAAUUUUCAAAAUUUUAAAUAUCUAUAUUCAAUUUCCGUCAAGUGGUUCAAGAAACAAAACACUGGAUUUCUUUAAAUUCUCAUUAUAGAAAGGAAAUUGUAAUUUUUAUUCAGGCAAAUAAUGCAAAUUAGGUAAAAUAAGACGACUUUGUAAUAUACUUAUAUUUCGAAAUUACAAAAGAAAAAAUAAAACCAACUAAAUUUAUAACAUAUAUGAUUAAAGUGUCUUUCUUUUUAUUCCGAAAUCUGAUAUAUACCAACCCCCCAUUUAUAAAAAAGUCAAGCUUCACAUAACUUUAUCAUUUUUAUUGAAGUUAAUCAUAUAGACAAUUUUUGAAGUGUUCCCUGUUGCACAAGUCGCAGUACUUCGAUUCUACUGAAUCGGCCAAACGAAUCCAUAGAUUGCUUAUUUUUUUUUAAGAUUUGGCCCAGCGGGUGGGUGGGACUUGCCAGACUUGCCGACGCAGAUAAUAAGAUCCAAAAUUUUAAAAUAUACAAAAAAUGUCGACAC